CAUUUCUGGGAACAGCAAGGUGAUUGAUAUCAGACUGGGACCAAGAGAAAUACACACGAUAAAAAGUUUGAUGAAGCAAAGUCUAAAACUAGAAUAGAAUCAUGUUUUCAUUCAACAUGUUGCUGCUGGUGUUUGUAGUUCUUCUGGGGACAGUAGUGACGGUAAACAUCGAUAAACCUGAUGUGAAGAUGCAUAACACCGAUCUAGGCAAUAACACGAUGUUAACGUGCAGAGCCAAAGGCUUCAUCACAUCAGACAUCAUCCUGAACAUCAAGAAGAAUCACUGUGUUCUGACUAAAGAGGACGGGGUGAAUACUACAGGAGUUCACCCAGAUAAAGACACCUACUGGGGAGAAUUUCAAACCUACCGGAGAAGAGACCAUGUGAUCGUUCCUCAGUCUGAAGUGUCUCAUUACAGCUGUGAAGUCAGUCAUGAUCUAUCCAGGUUUCGUGUUGAGAAGGUUUGGGUUCCUGACUCUGUUGGAGGAGGACGGAUCAUUUCAUCUAAGUUCAUAGACACAACUCCUCCUGAGGUGAAGAUGUUAUCAGAGAACUAUGAAGAUGGGAACUACAUCAUUUUGGUGUGUUUGGUCUCAGGCUUCUACCCAAACAACAUCACUCUGAAUAUGAAGAGGAACGGCCAUAUUCUAACCAGAGUGGACGGAGUGAAGAGUUCAGGAGUUUGUUCAAACAAAGAAGACACCUUCCAGAUUACAGACUCUUUAACGAUUAAAAAUGCAGACAAGUCUAAUUACAGCUGUGAAGUCAUUCAUGAUGCAUCUCGUUCAGGAGUUGAGAUGUUUUGGAAUCAUCAGCUUCUUGCUUCUCCUUCUGACCCUGGUCCUGGCUCUGAUGGAGAUGCAGGUUCCAUCAUUGGUGUAGUGGCAUCAAUCCUGGUCCUGAUUCUAGUGAUCGUUUUGAGGAUCCGAGGCCUCUUUGGAUGUCUAAACAGAGCCCAACGGAUCUACACCCCAGCUCCUACAAUGGUGGUUGUAGUUGCUCGACCAGGCCAUGACUACAACCAUGAUGGUAGGAAUCUCCUGGAUGGAAAUGCCAUGGAAUGAGUCUCCAGAAAUACUUAAUCAGAAACAUCUAAUCCAUCCAUCCAUCAUCAGUAGCAGUAGACUCAGAUUAAGAGGAAUGUAAUGAAAACUAAAGUACUAAGGAAUGUUUCCUUCUUCUUUUUAGUUUUCCUCUUCCUCCUUUUUUUGUCUCUUAACUUCAGUUAUAUAUCAAAACAUGCGGUUUGAUCGGGAUGGGUGUGCUAUUGCUUUUCGGUGUGCUAUUGCUUUUCUCUACGGCAUACUUUCACCAAGAGGCUUCAUUUAAACUUUAAACUGUAGACACAAACCUUGUGUAUUGGUGUAUUAAUCCUCGUUUUGAAAAGUCUUAUAGUUUUUGGUCAAUCACUGUUCACUUACCAUAUUCAUUUUUGUAGAAAUUCUGACUUCAUAAUGGAUGUUGUCAAGGGAGUUGAGAUCUCGGUUAACCAACAGCCUAAAGCGCAGUACUGUGUGUGCAAUCAGGCCUUGAAUUGAUAGAUUUUUAAAGAAUGGUUUUUAUGAUUUUAAGUAAUUUUGAUUAAAUGUGUUUUCUCAGUGAAUGCAUAUCAUACACAGAAUGUAAGAUGAACAAUAGUGGGCAAAAAGGGGCAGUGAAAGGCCAGCAGGCCUAGGGACAGGUCAGGAAAAGUACAGAAAAUUAUCUAAUGUCCAAGUAUUCAUUAAUAAGUGAUGGUCAGACAUGAUUAUGUGUUAGAGAUAGGAUGUGUCUUAAAAAUAACAGUAUAAAAGAUGUAAUGCAGAAGUGUAUUACGGGAAUUUCAGCUCGGAAAUGGACUAUGCUGCAUGUGGACUGAGCCAACUCCUCUGCAGUGCUAUUUCGGCUUUAAAAGUUCUGUCUGCAUUCCCCCUGCCUAGCAGUCGAAGAUUGGAUUGUCGUUUGCAUUUUGGAUUUCCAAAAGGACAAAAACAUCGUUUGACAGGACCUCCCUAAUUUACCAGCUCGUACUGGGGCAGUAAAAGGACAGGAUUUGGGUGUGGUCGCAUUGGCCGUGUGGCUCACUCGACGCCUUUUUUUUAGGACAUUUUCUAUACCCCUACUCCAUCCAUCCAGCUCAUAAAUGAUUGUUUUUGAUCCAUAUUUUUAUCUUAUAUUCUGUAAAUGAUUAUGAUUGGUUUGACAACAGCUGAUUCAUUUUAAUUGAAUAUCUGAUUUAUGAUUAUUAUUACAACAAAUAUCUAAUUUUGGUUUUGACUGAUUUUUGAGCUGUCGCAUUGCUAAAGCUGAACCUGCAAAUAAAAUUUGACUCUAAAAGUCA